GUGCUGGUCGCCGUGCCAGACGGACCUUCAAGGGAGGUCGUGUUUUGUCGAAUCUCAUGUGGAUAGCGAAUCGAAAGGUUGUGUGAGUACUUUGGAAUAGUACUCUGUUGGUGUCUGACAAUGUUCCUGGGCCUUAAGGAGACGGUCCUGGUGGCAGGUCUCGUGUUGGCUGCGCGUGGCGAGAAGGCCUUCGUCUUUCAGCCAGACAACGAACUCACGGCCGAGUCUUUCGCCACGCUUUACCUGAGUACUUCCCAAGAGGUGCUGUCGGACCUGACGGCGUGUGCUUGGUUUAAGGUCUUUCACUUCAGGGGGAGUAGUUCCUACCUCUUCUCGUACGCGACGUCGGACAAGGACAAUAAUGAGAUGAACUUUGGUUUGAAACCCGAACGUGUCUUUGGUGUCUUUGGAGGAAACUACGUCUACAGCCCAGUGCAAAGCGAGACAGCGAUCUUCCCUGGACGAUGGUACCACAUGUGCAUCGCGGCAGACAGCGAGGGAGGGAAAGGAAUAGUGUAUCUGAAUGGCCAAGCCAGCGAGGAGGAAAUGAAGGACAGAAACAUACUCACUAACGGCUCUCUCGUGUUGGGCCAAGAAACGGACAUGGUCGGCGGCGGCUUCCAGGCUGAACAGUCCUUUUCCGGAAUCAUUACGGCCUUUAACCUCUACUCUAGAGCGCUAAGCCAGGAGGAGGUGCACGCCCUUGGGAACUGCUCCGGGGGCGUGGCCGAGGGGGACCUGGUGGCCUGGAGUACGUCGUCGUGGGGGAUCAACCCAGAGGCUGCCACCGAGGGGUUGGUGAAGGUGGUGGAGGUCCUGCCCUCUGAGUACUGCAACCCUCAGAGAUUCGACUUUUCGGUCUUCGGAAAGCGCAUGCCAUUCAAAGACGCGUGGAACUUCUGUCGUCACCUGAAGACCCGGAUAACGAUUCCGAGGAGCAACGAAGAAAACCGGGUGCUUUACGAGGCAGUCGAGGGCCUGGCUCAGCAGUGCCAACCACCCAACCACAACAAGGGCUUUUUCUGGCUCGGUGCCAAGGAUGAGGUGGAAGAAGGGGAAUGGAGGGAUGAAGAGAACGUUCCUCUGAACUACACGAACUUCGAAGGCGCAGCUCGAAGUAACAGCAAGGACUGUUCAGGCCUGCUGGUUCCUCCCUACCGCGAAGUGUGGGAUGAAAUGUCGUGCGGAAACACCUACCACUUCUGCGUAACCUGUCAGGAGCUCCAGCCAGUCGUCAUGAAGAUGCGAGGACUCUGUGAAGAGAACGAGAAGGAAGCUUGGUUUAGGAUGGAGCGCGUAGAGAGCGACAGACCAAACUUUAGGGGCUUCAGCAAAUAUUACAUCUCCUACGGCAACAAUUUAACCUGGAGCCUCGUUAACAUGUGGACACGCGAAACGGUCGCUUUCUAUUUCACCUACAACGGGGGACUGCCUUUCGGUACUCACAACUGGACUACAACCACCAACUACGACAUUUGUGAGAAGCCUGAAGGAUCCCUCCAUGCCCUUGCCCUCUCGGCUUGCUAUCCUUGGGAGUUCUCAUGCGAGGACGGGGCCUGUAUUAACCUGACGGAGAGGUGUGAUUUGCGCGUCAACUGCCCCGAUAAUUCAGACGAGAAAGGAUGCGAGAAAUUACUGCUGCCGGAGGAUUACUUGCCUGCUCUUCCUCCGCCGGGAGUCGAGCCGGGUCCUCUGGGUUUGAAUAUCACCGUCAGGAUACAAGGAUUCUCGCAGGUGGACAUCCGGGACAUGAAACUGACGGUGGACUUAUCGACGACCAUCUCCUGGCAUGACCUCCGCGUCCGCUACCAGAACCUGAAACCGCUCGCUGACCUCAACUAUAUGGAUCCGACAUCAGUGUGGACUCCUACGGUGGAAUUCGUCAACGCCGAUUUCCCGAGGAUCUACAAGACACAGGAGGUCCUCACUGUGGCACGUUCCUCAGCGCCCGAGGAGGAUGACCCUUCGAGGAUCGCCCACGACGAAAUAUACGAAGGGUCAAAGAACCCUCUACUACUUACCCAGAAGAUCAACGCCCCCUUUUCGUGCGCGAUGGACCUGCAGAAUUUUCCUUUUGACACUCAACAUUGCAAGUUGUUGAUCAGAAUCACCUCCGCCCGCGAGGAAUUCUUGCAAUGGAGUAACCUGACAGUCAUUUAUCUUGGGGAGAGAAUGCUAACAGAAUACGAAGUGGGAGACAUGACGAUACGGCGGCGGAAAGAGGCCGAGUACAGCUUGGCGGUCGUCGGCAUGAUCUUCUACCGUCGCUACUGGUACUACCUGACGUCGGCCUACCUACCCACCAUCAUGCUCAUGCUCAUCAGUUACGCGUCUCUCUUCUGCAAGCGCGACAAUCGGGAUCUGAGAGUCAUGAUGGCCAUAACAACGUUGCUGGUCCUCUACGCCCUCUAUCAGCAGAUCUCGGACGGCCUCCCGAGGACUUCGUACACCAAGGCGGUGGACGUCUGGUGUUUCUUCGCGAUCACGUUCAUAUUCUCGCAGGUGAUAUUCCAUGUAGCCAUCGACGUCGAGAUGACCUGGCCUCGACGCAUACGAGCGUCCCCAAGGGUGAAGGAGAUCGACCUCACAAACAAGCCUCGACGUCGAUGCCCUCCGCUAGUUGUCGCCCGCGUCCUCUACGCCCUCCUGCUGGUGCUCUUCUGCUUGAUCUACUGGGUCGUGGUUCUCGUCGAUAAGAACAGGGGCGAAAUAGAGCUUGAAUUUUGAAUUAAGGAAAGACAGAUAGAAAGAAAUAAAGAAAUGUAGAGUAGUAGGUAUUUUUUUGUGUCUUAAAGAUCAUUUUCGUCUUUAAGAAAAUGAUCGUGUUAUGAAAACAAUCAUAAAAGCUAUUUUUAUUGUCUCUUAGAAACUUGAUGUGUGAAGAUUACAUACUCAGUGACUGAGACACCAGCCACUAUAAUUGUCAUAUAACCUAUACAACCGUAUGAUAUACUGUGAUGUUUAGAUGUUUGUAUACUGGCACGGUGCAAUUGUAGUUUUUAAGGGUGCCACAUUUAUUUAUUACUAUUUAUUACUCCCUAAAAUAAUGUAGUCAACCAUGUGAUAUUUAGCGUUUUUUCUCAUAUUUUGUUUGUAUAUUUUGUACUCAUUUGUACCACAGAGCACAGCAAUAUAUAUGAUGGCAAUUACUGUACCUCCGUCAUGUUCGUCUUUCGAGUACUGGAAUAAUACCAACAAUAAAUACAUUACCAAAUGUCACGAAACACCCUACAUUUUUU